AUGUCUCAGCAUCCAAAAUGGUCAUCCUCACAGGCAGUCCCAUCCAAGCGAUACAUAGCAUGUCCUCUGUGUGACUCCAAAGUACUGUUCAUUACGCUCAAUGAUCAUCUCGAUAAGUGUCCAGGCCGAAAAGAUUCCAAUAAGACCACUACAUCCUCUCACACCCAGGAAUCGAAACCAAAGGCAUCUCUGAAGUCGCUACUCUCCGGCGCAACUGCACACCCAAAUAAUAAGAAGAGGAAGCCUACACCAGAGGAAGAAGUAAUAGAUUUAGAUGAGGUUCCAACCCCUGUGGUAAAGAAACCCACUUUAGAUAUGGAAAUAAACAACUUACAAAAGACCGCACACCUUCCACUGAGUGAAAAAAUGCGUCCCAAGACUUUAAGAGAAUACGUGGGACAACAGCAUAUCCUAUCGCAAGAAAAUGGUACACUUUCCAAAUACAUUAAGUUGGGGACCAUCCCUUCGAUGAUUCUUUGGGGUCCCCCUGGUGUUGGGAAGACAUCUUUGGCACGACUAUUAACUAAAGGUGCAUCAGCCGAUUACGGUGAUGCUAACAAGUAUUGGAUGGUGGAGACUGGUGCCACUAAGGCAAACACACAGGAAUUAAGAGGAGUAUUUGAAAAAUCAAAGAGAGAGUUUCAGUUGACUAAGAGGCGUACAGUGUUAUUUAUUGAUGAAAUUCACAGGUUUAAUAAGGGACAACAGGAUCUGCUUUUGCCACAUUUGGAGAAUGGUGAUGUUAUUUUGAUCGGUGCUACCACUGAAAAUCCCAGUUUUCAAUUGAACAAUGCGUUGAUUAGUAGAUGUCAAGUGUUUGUCUUGGAAAAGUUAUCUGUUAACGAGAUGUGUAUUGUGUUGUACCGAGCUGUGGCGUUAUUAAAUCGAUGUAGGAAAUUAAUUUGGAAUGUACCUGAGAAUCCUUUACAGUUAUCGAGGGACGUUCUGGAAUAUAUUGUAGAUGUGGCAGUAGGUGAUACAAGAAGAGCGUUGAAUAUCUUGGAAAUGAUUGAAGUUUCCACAAGAGGCCGUGUAGAUACGGAAAAAGAGUUAACACUUAAUAUUAUCAAAGAUAUAAUAAAAAAGAAUAGUAGCAGUGUGUUGAACACGUAUUAUGACACGAAAGGUGAUAAUCAUUACGAUACAAUCUCUGCAUUUCACAAAGCUGUCAGAGGUAGCGAUGCCAAUGCAGCUCUAUAUUAUUUGGGGAGGAUGAUUCAAGGUGGGGAAGAUCCAUUGUACAUUGCAAGACGGAUGAUUCGAAUGGCAAGUGAAGAUAUUGGAAUACGGGAUAAUAGUUUGUUACCCUUAGCGGUGGCCGCCCAUGAUACAGUAAUGAAGUUAGGGUUACCUGAGGCAGAUAUGGCACUGGCUCAAUGUGCAGUUGCAUUGGCAAGAGCCCCAAAAUCUGUUGAAGUGUAUAGGGCAUGGAAUAAAGUAAAGGCGAUGUUGGGUGAGAAUAAGUAUUCUUUGGCCAGUAGUGAAAUUCCUAUGCAUAUUAGAAACGCUCCGACACGACUCAUGGAGGAACUUGGUUAUUCUAAAGGUUAUAAGUAUAACCCAGACUUUGUUGAUGGUAAGGUGAAACAAGAAUAUUUCCCGGAAGAAGUGCUUAAGAAGUGUCCCAAUAGGAAUGAAUUAAAAUUUCUGACGGGUAAACAUCUUGGUAAAAAGGUCGACCCCGAUCUUAAGAAUAAUGCUAAUAUUUAA